AUUUUGAAAUGAAGUCUUAAUGAAAAAAGUGUUACACUAAUACGUUUAUUAAAAAAAAUAUACAAAAUAAAAGUGAUAAACGAAAUUCUACAAAGGCAAGCUAAAUCCCCAUGCCGGCUUACUUCGCAUGCAUUUUUUUUUUAAAUUUUUGCCAAGUUGUGUCUUCAUUCUACUUUUUUGCCGCAAUUUAUCACAUUCUUAAUUGCUGGCAUAAUUUGUCAACAUAAAAUUCAAUUAAAUCCACAAAUUGCUCCAUUCGCCCAGCAUUCGUUAAGUGAAUACGAGCUACAAGACGAAUGAUAAUUGGAAGUGCCACGCUACUUUAUGAAAAAGGUCAAUUACAAAAUUGUACAUAAACGUAAAUACAUACAUAUAUACCUAAAUUGUAUGUGUAAGUUUACAUAUUUGUAAUGUGCCUUUUGUGUGCUUGAGCUAAUUUUGCGAAAACGCAAGACAACCGUUAGUGUGUGAAAAUGUAUACAAACCAUUACGAUCGUUUUGUGAGUUGCGCAGCGCACCAACAAACACAACGCCCACUCAUCAAUGGUUGCCAGCAGCGAACACUCACGUUGACAGUACAUAAAAGUAUGAGUAAAAGCUGCAUCGCGCCUUAUCGGAGUCGCCGCCAAGUGAAAUGCCAGCAAAAAUCCCAGUCAGUGCUAUCGAUUACGAUCCGAGUUUUGGCGAGGAGUGGAGGCGGUCUGUUUGCCCUCUUUUUACUUUCUAUUUGCGCUGGCUCCGUUGAUUUGGCCAAUGCGCGGGCGGCUGGCUCGGAUACUGCAACAAUAGCUUUACUUGCAAAUCUCAAGCAACAUCAUCAGAACGCAGUGCUCUACGCGCGCAAUAAUUUCACCGAUCUAUCGCAUAUAAGCGCAAUGGAUUUAAUUGAUGGAAAAGGUGAUUCUGGCGCUGGCGCAGGCGCAGGCGCAGGCGGUAGUGGCAGCAUGCCAGAUGUUGCAGUGCCAUCGACGGAGCGCACGCCGGACCCGAGAACCAAUGCAGGAUGUCCGCCAACUACAAGUUCACAUUGUUUGCGCUGCAACAGCGAGGGCUGUAUCAAGUGUCCCGCUUAUUUGAUGACCGAUACCCGGCAAUGUGUCGAGCAAUGCCCUUCCGGAUACAUCGAUCAAUGGUCGGCGCAUACCGAAUUUAUGGGACGUGUUUGCGUAUCCACCGGCUACUCUGGCCCAUUCAUGGCCGCCAUAGCUGGUCUUAUCGGCGGCUUUGUGGUCUGUUUCACACUACUUGCUGUCGCCAUGAUGUUAGUACGACGACGCCGACGACGAAAAUCCAUAAAACAGAAACUGAUCAACGAGAAUACAAUGGAUCGCUCAGAUUUUCUACGUCAACUCAACGAAAUGCGGCCCAACGCAGAGUACUUUCUGUCGAUGCUCAACGAUACGAGGCGCCAGAUACGCAAGCUGUAUUUGUCGGGCGAAGUAGGUGCUGCCAAUUCCUAUCGCCCAAUUGUGCGUGAUCUGGCUAAAAUAUUAAUAUUGCUCAAUAGACCAAUUGAGUUGAUACCAGCUGCACCGCACGACUGGAAUCGCUUGUAUACAUGGGCUGAACAGGCACUCGAACGUUAUAAACCGCAAGUAGGUCAUCUCAUUGACUUCUUUCAACCCUCCGGUGUCAAUGGGGUGGGAAUUGGAGGACGCGGCAGCGGUAGUGCCGGCAUAAAUGAUGACUUUGAUGCAACUUUCUUCCCGCAGAAAACCAACGUCUACCGGCAAAGCAUGCUUUCGGGAUCGGGACCGCAAAAGAUGCAUAUGUUCGGAUCGCUCAUUAGUCUGCACGAAUUCGAAGAGCCCCGACCUUCGGAUCCAUUCGGCAGCAGCUUCAAUACGCUAAAGAGCGGUAAUCUCAUAUCGGAUCUCAAUGCAAGUUCUUUGUGGCUUGAAGAUGAAUUCUACAAAUUGGGCUUUCGACCGCAGGAUGAAAUAACGACUGAGUUAUAAUGUAUAGUUUGCGUUAAUUAGUUGCACUAACUAAUCCUGUCUACCAUGUAAAAUGUUGUUGUGUAUGUUUUUUUAAGUGAAUCAUGAAAUGGUUUAGGCUUUAGUUUUAACUUAAAUGUAGGAUUAUUUUAUGUGAAAUAGCUUUUGUCUUAGUUACUUAUAUUAUGUGUUUAAUUUUAAAUAAAAGUAUUAUUUUUGUUUUGUUGAAACGUUAAACCGCAAAAAACUCACAAAACAGGUACUAUCUAUAUGUAUACAUACAUACAAAUGUCGCCGUUAUCAACACAAUAUAAGUCUUGGAAACUUUUUUUUUAAUUAUCAACUUAUGUGCUAAUUCAAAGCCAUAUCUUAAAAAUACUAGAUUUAGACCAACUCCAAAAGCGUUUGCUGUGCUUCGGCGAAAUUAAAAUUGAUCAUGUGACGGCGAUAUUAAGAAUGAAAAAUAUUUACAAUGAAUUUUUAUAAGUUACAAAAAGCACGUAACGCACACCGUCUUCAAAAG